UAACUGUUAGUACAUCUACUUCCUUUCUUUCCGGCAUUUUAUUUCUCCUUCGGCGUCACUAAAGUUUAGUUGUAUUCUGUUAGUUGAUACAGAAAAGUUAUUAUUGUAAUAAUUGUAGUAAACAAUAGUUUUGAAAAUGGGAGAUAAUUACGGAGGUGGCGGCGGUGGUUAUGGUGAUUACACCCAACCUCCGCCAUCGUCUGGUUAUCCUAGUUACGGAUCCCAAUCGGGAGGUUACCAAGCCCAAUCCGGCGGCGGCGGCGGUGGUUCUUGGGGACAAAAUAGGGGUUCUCAAGGAGGUGGUUACGGCGGUGGCGGCGGCCAAGGAGGUUACCAAUCAGGUGGAUACGGUGGCUCGGGAGGCGGCGGCGGAUACGGCAACGGUAAUAAUUAUGGUGGAGGUUCCGGAGGUGGAUAUGGAGGGGGUGGCGGCGGAAGUUAUGGAGGCGGUAGAGAUCGCGGAGGAGGAGGCGGCGGCGGUGGUCGAGAGUUAGAAAGACGAGAUAACUUUGGAAGCGGCAACAGGGGUGGUGGUUAUAACAAAGGAGGAGAUAAUUUAGUUAUUCAAAUCGACACGAUUUUCGUGUCCGGUAUGAACCCAACUUUAACCGAAGAUGACAUCGAACAACAUUUCGGUUCUAUCGGUAUAAUUAAGUUGGAUAAAAAGACCCAAAAGCGAAAAAUCUGGUUGUACAAAGACAAAAUAACCGGCGAGAGUAAAGGGGAAGCGACGGUGACUUACGACGAUCCGAACGCGGCCCAAUCCGCCAUUACGUGGUUCGACGGUAAAGAUUUUCAAGGUUCCACCAUAAAAGUGCAAUUGGCGACUAAAAAAGAUACUUGGAGCGGUGGCGCGGGCGGACGUGGUGGCGGCGGCGGCGGAGGUGGUGGCCGAGGAGGCGGACGCGGUGGUGGAUUCGGCGGCGGAGGUGGAUUUGGAGGACCGCGAGGUGGCCGCGACGGUGGUGGCCGUGGAGGAGGAGGCGGCGGCGGAGGUGGUAACCGCGACCGCGAAGGCCGCGACGGUGACUGGAGAUGCCCGAAUCCAGAUUGUAACAAUACAAACUUCGCAUGGAGACAACAGUGUAAUAGAUGUAGCGAACCUAAACCAGAAGGUGCCAGUAUGGGCGGUGGUAGCGGCGACGACAGACGUGGCGGCGGUGGAAGAGAUCGCGGUGACGAUAGAGAUAGACGUGGCGGAGGCGGUUUCCGCGAUAGAGGUAGUCGCGGAGGAUUCGGUGGAGGAAGAGGAGGUGGUGGUCGAGGUGGUUUCGGCGGCGGACGAGGUGGAGGAAGGGGCGGCGGCGGCGGUCGCGAUAACCGUGACGGUGGCGGUCGAGACCGACCGAGGCCGUAUUAAAUUUAGUUCAUCUACAUUUCAUUUUUUUUUUAUAAUCGACAACAUGAAAAAUUUGAAGGUUUCAAUUAUUUAUUUUUUAUUAAAAACAGAGUAAGUAUAUUGAUGUAAAAUAUUUUUUUGUGCAGAUGUAAAUUUUGGUAAAUUUGUAUUUUCCAUUGAAAGUACAGUUUGUUUAAAGAAAUAUCGAUUGUUUAGAGGGAAUUUUUCCUCUAAGCAAUUUUUGUUUCUUUUAUACUUUCGUAUAAACAAAAAGAAACCGAGAGGCGAAUCAAUUUUUUUGUAUUUUGACUUGUUUAGCAUAAUUUUUUAGUUAGUUUUUCAAUUAUCGAAUUAUUACUAGUGGUAAGUUAAUAAAAAUUAUAAUGAAUCAUUUUAUU